AUGAACAGAGUAACAAAAAAACUUGCCCCAGGAAGAGUAUCAGUACCUACUCCAAGAAUUCCAGGCCAACUCAACUUCAGUCUUGUUGACAUUGGCAAGUCUUGCUCACUUUGUGAGAAGACCUUUAAAGAUCACUGGAAUCUUAAAAGACAUUUGCAAAGAUGCCAUGACAUAAUGGAAACAGUUGCAGAUGAUAUGAGCAUAGUCCAGGAGACCGAAUAUCAAGAUAUACAGAUGAGCGACAGCCCAAAAAAUCCGCUUACACCAAGUGAAAGUGUGGAAGAGGAAUCAGACGUUGAUAAUGAAUACUACAACAGUAUCUUAAAUUAUGACGAGUGUGAAGAAAGUGAUGAUGGAAGUAGAGUUGGCAAUAGUGAUUUUGAUGUUGAGGAAAACACAGAGCCAAACGCAGGCAUUCCUCUGUUUAAUCACAUCUUGAACAACAUGUCUGCUUUUGCUGAUAACAACGAAUCUUCAAUAGAUGAAGAGGAUGAAUUCCAGAGUGAAGUGUUUAACUCUACCGCCUGGAACAGAUUUACACCAAAUACUCAUCCAUUUAAAGAUAUCCAGACAAUGAUUUUGCUCGCACUUGUCAAUGGUGAUAACGACAUGAUUUCUUGUAGAAUGUUAAAGAAGAUAUUAUUUACCAUCAAUCUUCUUCUAAAGAUCCACGAAGAAGCUAUUAGAAAAGAUAUUUCUUUCAAGUUGCCCCGGUUAGAUGCACUCUGGAAUUAUCAGACACGAAAAGGAUCGAACAUCCCAAUUUUCAAAUCGAAAAGUUUAGAUGUUACUCUUUCUGACAGCACAAAAGUCACCGCAUUCCUUAACUUGCCUUCUGAGCACAUCAAACUCCUUGCUGCCGAUCCUAUAAAGUCAAAAUCAAUCUUUUCUUUACCUGAUCGCAUGCCAAACCAAUCUGUCUGUCUUCAACAAGGAGAAAAAUGGAGAACAAAUACAUACUUCCAACAGCCCAUGUUUACUCACAACAAUGUUGAUUUCUGGUCUGGUGACAUUGUUCUGUUAAAAGAUUGCUUGCCUAACAUUCGCUUUCUGGUGGAAUCUUUCCAUACAAUGGAUACAUCUAAUGUCUUCUCUCAUGGAUAUAUUUUUCGAACUCCAAAAGAUGGUUGUAGCAUUGGCAUCGAAAUCAAUCAUACCGACAUAAAUAUUGAAUCAUUUCUCUCUGUCGACACAACCCCAUUAAACACCUCCUUAUGUUGCAGCAUCUCUCCUGACACAAUUAUCUUGCUCAUUCCAACUCAUCGUAAAUUACUUGAAGAAGAACAUUUUCUGAAGAGGCUUAUAUGUGACAGAACUGACCAAGAAAACAACCAAAGAAAAUAUUACAAGGUAAAGAUUGCACCUGUAAUUCUUUUCUCAGAUGAUACUUCUGGAAACACCUCUAAGCAAUUUCAUCCAUACGAGAGCUGGUUGAUGAAAUGUGCGGCCCUCUCUUUUGAAGAAAGGUGCUCCAUAGAGAAUAUCUUAUUUAUAUCAGCAAUUCCAAAGAAAAAAGGUGCAAACGCUGCCUUGUUGUUACCUGAAAUUGUUGAUGAUUUGAAGAAGCUAGAAAACGGCGUGGUAAUGUUCUCUGCAGAAGAUAAUGCAUAUGUUCUUGUGGUAUCUCUUUUACUUUUGAUUGAGGCAGAUACACCUUGUCACUCAGAGCUUUGCGGUUUAGGUGCGCCCAACUCAACUUACCCUUGUAGAAAGUGCUACAUUAAAUUGCAAAGUCGAAUCCCCAAGUUGAACGAAGUUGAAUACUAUACUAACAGGCAUCCAACAAGAGCCAAGGAUCAUUAUAUCCAGGCCACUUCUACGCCAGACAGAGAUACAGUGAUCCCUGAUAUUUCUUACUUUGACAACAAAAACACAGCAGAAGAGUUAAGUUUUAAAAACAAGUCAACAGACAAACUGCUAGAACUUAAAGCAUAUGACCAGUCAAAAGACACUCCUGCUGAAAUAUUGCACUACAUUCUCCUUGGCAUUGCAAAGUAUCUUAUCACCAAUCUGGUUAAAGUUGUCUUGAACAAAAACAAAAAAGAACUAGAAGAACUGUUUGAUUAUGUUAAAGACUACAAAAAUUCCAGAGGCAUAUCAAGAGUGUUUACAAGGUCUCUCACCCAUGCCGGUUCGUUUCUUGGUAGAGAUUUCAAGGUACUAAUCCAAAUACUUCCGGUAAUCCUGGCCAUAAAGUUUGCAGAUACAGAAGUAUUACAUGAAGUAGACUCUGCCGUUAGAAGUCUAAUUGAAGCCCUACACAAAUACGACACUAACUGUAAACAUAAAAAACAUGCAUUCUAUACGUCCAAGCCAAAAGUCCAUCUGUUGACCCAUCUACCUGAAGAUUUACAAAGAUUUGGGCCUGCUCUUAACUACGAGACCGAAAAGGGAGAGCAGUUCAACAAGCACAUUUGUGAACACUUGUUUCAUACAAACCGUAUGAACACAUCGAAAGAUAUAUGUCUCAAAUUUGGUAAACAAUAUAUGACAAGACAUAUUAUUGAUGGUAGUUCAUGGAUAGGCAAGAAUGGUUUAAGGGAAACCCAUGAAAAAGCUAUUGCAGAAUGUAUGCAACAAAACUCUGAUGGGAAAUUCCAUGAAACUUUGCUCAGUGGGUCCAGAGAAUUUGCAGACAACAACAGUACAGGUUUGACCCCUGGAAGGAUAUUAAAAGACAAUACAUUUGCUCUAUUUAGACAAAGCAAUAGACAUAUCAUCAUUGGAAUGGUGCUUUUUUCUAAAGUAUACCAUUUGUAUAUCAAAUAUCCAUCCGCACAUGCUGUUCACAACAAUUAUCAUCUAGCACUCAAAUAUGCUGAUGAUAUAUACACGCCACUAGAUGAAUUGAAGGUUGUUUGUCUAUUAGACAUGCAUCUGAAAGUUGGCUGUAAAUAUGUUGUUAACCUCAACAAAUUUGGUUCAUACUAG